AUGCCAUCCAAAAGGAAGGGCCGCAAGAGCCGAAAGGCUGCGAAGCAGCAAAAAGUCCAUCAAGCCCACAAGCACCGCGAGGCGCGCCAAGCACGACGUGACCGCAGGAGUCGACGAGACACUGAAGCCGCGAGUGUCGCAUUGGCUGACGUGGGCUUCCAUCGUUUCCCACACCUCCCGCUCGAGCUCAGAGAAAUGGUCUGGGACGAAUGCAUCCCAUCGCGCUUGGUCUUCCAUGGCCUAGAGCCCUCCGGCGGUAUUGAUACCGGUAUACUGCACACAACCAGCGACGGCCGCCUAUAA